UGCGCGUCACCGGCCGCCCGCACCGAGACCCGGCCCGCUUCGGGCAGCUCACAGGUGUGGACGGCGGCUUGAAACCUCCACACCUGGAUUUUGUUGUUUUUUUUUUUGUAAAUUCACGGUCAGUCUCUUGGAUCGUUGAAUUCUCGUCAUAACAGAUCAACUUCCAGCCGCAGGUGCUUUCGGCGUUGCGACGGGAGAUUUUAAACACUUAACCCGGCUCAUCCGGCUGGCUGCCGGCUCCACCAGCCCGGCGGUCUCGCCAAAGCCCGGCCAAAGUAAUGAAAGCUGCCCGUCGUGUCGGCCGGGCAAGACUGUCCGAAAGACGAACUUGGCUCAAUAAUGCCGAGAGCUCCGGCUAAACGAGCAAACGGGGUGCCCGGGCCUGGUCUCAACUCUGAAACUUUUCUCCCGUUACCUCCGGCGACUGCAGCAGUUUGAGAGAAAAUCGGUGAACUGCCCUAGAGAGCAGACGUCCUCCUGCGGCUUCAAUACUCAAACGUUGCACCUUUUGUCGCCAGAGCUGCGUGUCGCUUUGGGCUCCGAACCCGACCGGAGCAGCAGGACCCGGAGUUCGGCUUUAGUCUGCUACAGUUUCUCGACGCCGGACGCCGCCGAGAAGCGGUCAGCUCACGACAAAACGAGUUCGACCCGUCUUACCCGGGACCGGAGUGCGGUCGCUCCCCUUGCCGCGGUCUUACUCCGAGAAGAGAGCGGCUUUUUCACGGGACUGGAUGCAGACGCGACCGGCAGACGCGACUCAGCCACAAAAGCAGAAAGCAGCCUAAGAGCCGCGCUCUCUACGCCGGCACGAAAACAAAGCUUUUAAAAGAUUGGAAUAGGCGAAGAAAAACCCGCCACCCCACCACCGACUCGUGAUAUCUCCUCCCCGCAACAAAGAGCGACCGACGGAAGGCUUAUUGUCCGCCCGGCUGUGCUGUCGGAGCCCAAGCCGGCGAUGGUGGCCCCGCCGCCCGCCUCAGUGUCCAACUUUACCUCGGGGCUUCUCUCCGCUCUCCGGUCCGCCUCUCCGCCGCAGCGAGAUCCUCUCCCAGCAGCUCACUGCACAGCGAGGGGGGGGGGUCUUCGCGGGGAUUAUAUACAGCUCAACCUCCGCCUGACACCACUGUCGGCUACAAUCUCGCUCAGAUGUUGAAGCUGAAGCCUCUCUCCAGCGCAGACUUGCAAAAUACUCCACCUCCUUCGCUGCUUGGUUUUGCUAACGAGGGGACGGAGGAUUUUUUAAGGUCGCCAUUUGUAGGACCCCGCAGGCGAACGGCGAGGGCGCCUAAGCUGCUCCCUGGCCAAUCACAGCGCAGGAGCGCCGCGAGCCCGAGGCUGAGACUGGCGAGCUGCGCGCGACGUGCGGGGGGCGUGGGCAAGACGUUAAAGGAAGGAGAAUGUGUUUCGCGUCAUCAAGUGUUUAAAAAAAACAAAUCUUAUACCGCAUCUUCUCUAAUACCAUUGUCAAGUGAUUUGAUUCGGUCUGAUACACCCUGCACUUUUAAACUUUGAAGUGCUUAGAGUUUACUGCAUAUUCUUUUGACGUACCUGUUUAUGUUAAGCAAAACAAUUCCACUGAUAUUCCCUGACCGGUAACAGAUUAGAAAAAGGCUGCAGUGAAAACUAUUGCUGUCCACGAAUGGCAGAGGGAGAGCAGAACUCUGAAUGGGCAUUCUGAAUGCUGAACAAUUUACCUAGUUUAUAGGCGUACUCUGUACGGUAAAAAUGUGUAAUAUAUAUAUAGUAUAUUUGUAUCGCCCCUGCCUGUGAGUUUGUAGUGUGUCCAAGACGCAGAGAAAUCCCUGCCCGGGGUGAACUAUGCACCCAAGACCGAAGUCAGUUUUGUUUACAGCCAGCACAUAAGGGAUGCUUAAAGAAUAAGGUAGUUGGUCAACACGAAUAAAUAAAGGCCGCAAAAAUGCAGUCAUUUCAUUCCACCGGUACUGUCCUGCUCGUCCAGAAAUUCAACAGGAACGAAAGCCCUGCGCGCUGAAUUCGAACCCCAGUUUACAGGACAUCAGGAAAAGAGCCUCGCUAGCGCUGUGCACGUUUUACUGAACAAGAAAGCGCUUGUUUGGGUGGUGGGCUGCCGAUAUUGAAGGGAGAGAGGUCGCGCACGCCCCCUCCGUGCACUAGGGGGCGCCAGCGAGCCAGACACGCAGCUGCUCGGCGUCGGGGUGCCAUGGCAACCGGGGCAGCCGGUGCAUUGUGGGAGCGCGGCGCCGCCAGCGAGCGGGCCGGCGGGACAGGAGGCGCUCAGGGACAGACGCGCUGCGAUUAGCGGAACCGCGGAGGGGAAACCGCUACACAGUCGAGUGGAUUCGAGAGGUUCGUGUCCGUCGCCGAGCCCGGCGGGCAGGGGGGUUCGGCCGGUUCGCUCAGACGCCAGGCGAGCUGUCCUGUGCGCGAAUCAGCUUCGUCUAGGAGCCCCGCCUUCGGCUGCCGCGCCGUGCCGACCGCGAAGAUGCAGGGGGGCCCGCCGCGGCUGGGGUCCGAGCCCAGGAGGGUCCGCUCGGAGAGAGGCCGGGGCAGUGGCGUCCAGGCAGCCCGGGCUCAGCGGUGCCCUCUGACUGGCAGCGUGCUUGGCAGUGCCCGGCCCCCGGGGGCCCGCAGGGUCCAGUACAGAGUGGGGUACACCUGGAACAGGGGAGGCCGGCUGAAGGAGCUCAGGAUCAGACAUCUCGCAAGGAAGUUCCUGUACCUGUGGAUCUCCAGGACGUUCGGCCGAGUCCGGCCCUCGAGAGCCAGGGCCCGGCACAGCCGCGGCGUGGUGCAGAGGGCGUUCGCCGGCUGGAGGGAGGAGUGGUGGGUGGCGAGGAGGGAGUGGACGCUCUCCGUGCGAGCGGACUGUCACUACAGGUUGAACCUCUACAGCCUGGUGUUCAGAGGCUGGCAGCAGUACCUGCUUCUGCGGAGAGCAGAGAAGAGGCAGUUUGAGAAAGCCGCCCGGCAUGACGGCGGGCGGCGCCUGCGCGGGGCCUGGGAGAGCUGGCAGGUGUAUGUGACGCUGCGCCGGAUCAAGCACGGCAUGCAGGCCCGGGCGCAGGGGCUCAGGGACCACACGGCGCUGCGAGCCGCGUGGGCGGAGUGGCGGUGCCAGAUGCAGCGGAGGCAGGGUCAGUGGGAGAUGGACGCCUGCGCUCUCCAGCACUGGGCCCAGGCACUGCAGAUCCGGGCUUGGCUGCAGUGGAGAGAGCAGUACCUCCAGGCCGUGCAGCAGAGGGAGACAGAGAGCCGGGCGCUGCUGCACUAUCACCACCGGCUCCAGACCGCCGCCCUGCAGGCCUGGGCUGCGUACUGUCAGCACCGCCGGGGCAAGAGGGAACUCAGCGGUGUGGCGGUGCGGGCCUGGCGCCUCUCUGUGGCCAGGAGCUGCUGGUGCGAGUGGCGGCAAGCCUGCCAGCGGCGACGGAGCGAGAGAGACCGGCAGGAGAGCGUCGCCAGCCUGGCGCAGCGUGGCAUCGCCCGGAGAGCCCUGACCCGCUGGAGAGGCUAUGUGGCUCUGUGCGCUGAAGAGGCAGAGAGACACAGGACCGCAGAACAGCACUACAGGCGCCAACUUCUGCGAGCUGGGCUGCGGGCGCUGUCCGAGAACGCCGCACGCAGCUGCCUUCGCCGGGUGAUGACGAACUUGGCCGCACAGCACCGCAGCGCCACGGUGACGCGCAGGUUCUGGAGGCGCUGGCGUUGGCGCUGCGAGGAAGAGGAGGAGAGGAGACUGCUGCCUCUGACGCUCCGGGCGUUGGCACACUACAGGACCCGGUUGCUGAAGAAGGCACUUAGAUGCUGGGAGGAGUACAUGAGACUUUGCAGAUGCAGACAGGAGCAGGAGCGCCGGGCGGACCAGCUGUUCAGCCGCAGGGCCCUGCCGCGCUGUCUCCGCACCUGGCAGGAGUUCACCGCGGAGCAGCGGGAGCGCCGGGAGCGCCGGGCCCUGGCCGCCAGCCAGCUGCGGCAGUGCAGGCAGGGCUGGGUCUUCUACACCUGGUGGGACAGAACGAGCCGGCACAGGGAGGAGCGGCUGUCCGGGAGGAUGGCCGUGCUGCACGCGGAGAGGGCCGCGCUGGGCCGGGCGUGGGCCCUGUGGCGCCAGCGCACCGCGGAGAGGGCGGAGGAGAGGCGCGGGGAGGAGGCUGCGGACAGACUCCACCGCCGGACGCUGGGGCUGCGAGCGCUGAGGGACUGGAGGAGCAACGCUGCUGUCCUGAGAGCACUGAGGGCAGGUGAGGUCCUGGCAGUGAGACAUGAGUAUCGGCACUGCGUCAAACGAGCCUGGGGCCACUGGAGACAGUUUGUGCAACGCAGGAGAGAAAAGGCAGAGAGGCUGGCUGAGGCAGACGGGCAUCACCAGCGCAGCCUGCUGACACACGUGCUGAGAGGGUGGAAGGAAUAUCACGACAGCCUGCAGGAGGUGUACCGCACGGUGGAGCACAGGGAACAGCAGCACCAGCACACGUUGUUAAGGUACAGCAACGGCCCGGUCCAGCCCAGCCCAGCUCCCACAGGUGGAAAGAGCACUGCCUGUUCUACACUGAUUGCCUCCCACUUCCAGCUUUCCUCCACAGCUCUUGCUCUGUGUAUCAGCCUUUUGCAGUAGCAGCAGACAGCAAAGCCUGUAUCAU